AUGAAUCACGACGAGAUAUCAGCGAACGCCAAUGCGGGCUCUAACACGGGGGAGCGCAAGGUGCAGCCAAUUCCGCCGCUGGACGAGAGGGAUAUCAAGCUGGGGUACAUGAGCGAGGCCGACCGCCAUGUCUACGAAAGUGGUAUUCAGAAGUUCAGUCGUCUUGGGUGGAAGCGACUUACAGUCGUGCUCAUUGUCGAGGCUAUCGCAUUGGGUAGUUUAUCGAUUCCUUCCACGUUCGCUACACUUGGCAUGGUUGCCGGUGUUAUUUGUACUGUUGGACUCGGUCUAGUCGCCAUUUAUACCAGUCAUAUCAUUGGACAGGUCAAGUUGGCCUUUCCUGAAAUUACCAGUUAUGCGGACACAGGUCGACUCAUGGGCGCACGUCUGGGUUGCCCACGUUUUGGUUAUGAAGUGAUGAGUGGAAUGCUUGCUCUUCAAUUACUAUUCCUCACUGGGUCUCACUGUCUCACUGGAACCAUUGCGUUCUUGAAUAUCACAAAAAGUGAUGUCUGCUCUGUGGUGUUUGGAGUAGUCUCUGCGAUUAUUCUGCUAUUGCUCGCAGUGCCUCCUAGCUUUACCGAGAUGGCUAUUCUUGGUUAUGUCGACUUUGCCUCGAUUAUCAUCGCGAUUGGUAUUACUGUCAUCGCUACGGGUGUUGAUGCACACCACUCUCCCGGUGGUCUUUCCGGUGUCAACUGGUCUGCUUGGCCCAAGGAGGAUAUCUCCUUCUCCGAGGCCUUUGUAGCAUUGACGAAUAUCGUCUUCGCGUAUAGCUUUGCCCUUUGCCAAUUCUCGUUUAUGGACGAAAUGCACACUCCUCGCGACUACGUCAAGUCUAUUUGGGCACUCGGUAUUACGGAGAUCGUGAUCUAUACCCUCGCCGGUGCCUUGAUCUACGCAUUUGUCGGACAGGACGUGGGCAGCCCUGCUCUUCUCUCGGCCGGUAGCUUGAUGAAGCGGGUGGCAUUCGGCAUUGCUUUACCCGUCAUCUUUAUCAGUGGGUCUAUCAACACCGUGGUGUUCGGCCGUCUUGUCCACGGUCGUAUCUUCGCCGAUUCUCAUAUCCGCUUUAUCAAUACAAAGAUGGGAUGGUUGACGUGGCUUGCUGUUAUUACUGCUGGCACGAUUAUUGCAUUCAUCAUUGCCGAGGUCAUUCCUUUCUUCAAUGACCUGCUUUCCAUUUCCUCGUCGCUGUUCAUCUCUGGGUUCACUUUCUAUUUCCCUCCCAUGAUGUGGGCAUUGCUCCUGAAGAAGGGGAAGUGGAGUGAGCCUAAGAACAUCAUGCUUGGUCUUGUCAACUUGGGCGUCUUCCUUAUUGGUAUGAUCACGCUUGUGGCUGGAACAUACUCCAGUGUCGAUGAUAUUAUCAACAAGUACAAAGCCGGUACUGUGCAUGGUGUAUUCACAUGUGGAUCUCCAGAGUAA